AUGGAAUCUAUGGAUGUUGAUUGGGAUGUAGUAACAGAGAUAGCAAAUACCUGCGGCGCGGACCACCGUAUCACUUCCAAAGUUAUAACUUUGCUUAAUUCUGGAAACACUCUCCCUUUCAUUGCUCGUUAUCGCAGAGAGGCUACAGGAAAUCUUAAUCCCGAUGUACUUCGUGCUAUUAAAGCUAAACUUUCUCAGUGCCGUGAGGUGAUAGAAAAGGUUAACAGCGCCUAUACACAACUUUCUGCUAGAGGUUUGAUGACUGACGAGCUAAGAUCUAACUUACGUCGUUGCAAGACUACUUCUGAUGUUACUUUUAUUGAAUCUGUUCCAAAAACUCUUGCCUCUAAAGCCCGAUCCGCAGGGCUCGAGCCAUUGGCUCUUGCUAUUUUUCGUAAAGGAGAAAAAGUGGACUUUUCAAAUGCGAACUCUAAAUUAUCUACUAUGGAGGUCAAAACUGGUGUUUUGCAUAUUAUGUCUGAAUGGAUUUGCAAAGAUAUUGCCGUUUUACAAGAAGUGGAAUCCCUGUGCUUUAAAAUUCCUCCAAAUCUUGAGACAAGUAAAAUAGUACAGAAACAACCUACUCCUAAUGUUUCAAAACACAACACUCUAAGAGAUAUGGCUAUUUAUAGACCCUAUUUUAAUUUCUCAAUGCCUUUUAAUCACAUUCCUCCACAUAAGAUAUUAGCAAUAAAUCGUGGUGAGGAUAGAAAAAUAUUGAGAGUGAAAUUGUCCUUUUCCGAUCGUUUAGUCUCUCGAAUUCGAGCCAUAGUUGGCCGCUACUUUCUACACCAUAUCCACCCAACUCAUCAUAACUUACUUUGGUGGGCUUUUGAUGAUGGUUGGAAGCGUCUAAUGAAACCCUGUCUCACUCGAAAACUGAGGUCUCGUAUGACCUCUGAUGCUCAAGAAACAUCUCUACUUGUUUUUGGAGCCAAUUUGAGACGAAUUUUAAUGACAGCUCCACUUAGAAACGCACCUUUACCUUCUGCUGGAGAUCUGAAUGCAAAAAUGAUUGAUCCUAAAGAUGAAGUACCUGCACCUGAUGUUGUCUCAUCUAGUCUUGGUGCGCCUGGUGAUAGGUUACCAGUAGUUGGACUUGAUCCGGGAUUUCGUCAUGGAACCAAAUGGGCUGCUUGUGAUCCCCUCGGUGUUGUUAUAGCCACAGGGAUUUUACAUGUCACUGUUAGGAAACCGGAGCAAAUCUGCAAUCAAACGGAUAGUAGAGUUCAAGCUCUUGUUACGACCAUGAUUAGCCACGGAAUUAGUACCAUCGCUCUUGGUAACGGCACAGCUUGCCGUGAGACGGAAAAAUGGUUAACCAAUGCUAUUAAAUCGGGUCUCUUUUCGCCCCUCCCUGUUCGCUAUGCCAUUGUAAACGAAUGUGGUGCUUCUACAUAUUCAGUCUCUCCUUUGGCGUGCCAAGAGUUACCCGAGCUGGAUGUGUCCCUGCGUGGGGCUGUAUCGAUAGCCCGGCGUCUACAAGAUCCCCUGGCAGAAAUGGUGAAGAUUGAACCCCAGCAUCUGGGAGUUGGAAUGUACCAGCACGAUCUUCCGCCACGAAAGCUUCAAGCGGAAGUUGAAGAGGCAUUGGAAGAAUGUAUCUCCUUUGUCGGAGUGGAUGUUAACACUGCUCAAAAGCAUGUACUCGCACGAGUAGCUGGUCUUUCUCAAUCCAAAGCGCUUGAGAUUAUCAACUACCGAAUCAAGCAUGGUCGAUUUCGUUGUCGAAAUGAAAUUCUCAAAGUGAGGGGAAUUGGAGCAAACACUUUUGCACAGUGUGCUGGUUUUCUGCGAGUCAAACCAGAGUUUUCAAUUACCAGAAUGGACGCUUCAAAAGAUGUCGAAUUUAUCUCACUCUGUUCAGACGAAGAAGUCGGAAAGUCUGAUGACGUAGAUAUGAAGGUGAUCUCUCUUGGUAGAAAGCGGAAUCGUCUGGUUGCCAUGGAUACACAAUCUCCAACCAAGAGAUCGCGUAUCAUAAUACCUGAACCGAAUCCCAAUGACUUCUCCUUUAACCCUCUAGAUCAAACAGCUAUUCACCCGGCCUCAUAUCAUAUUGCUACCGCUCUCAUUAGGCACUUGAAUUAUGAAGUUUGCGAUAUUGGAAGCACUGUUCUUCGUAACUCUGCUAAAGCUUUAUUCGCGUCAAAAGAUCGUGACACUGUCCUUUCCCUAUUUACGACAGAGGAGUUUGGACUGGAGACACUAUGUGAUAUAUUGGAUGCUCUAUGUCGUCCAUUGGACUUUGAUGAACGUCAGGACCUCUUUACACCAAUGUUCCGCUCCUCUGUUAUUUCCAUCACAAACCUGAGUCCAGGUUUGGAGGUACAGGGUUGUGUUAGGAAUGUAACUACCUUCGGUGCUUUUGUGGAUAUUGGUGUGGAAGUUGAAGCUCUGAUCCCUAUUAACCAAUUUCCCCGACCCUCAUCCAACAGAAGAAACGCUGGAAGUAGUAGUAGUCAAAUUGGCUGUACCAGAAGUAUUCUGCAACAAUCUGGCCUUCGCCUUGGUGAUAGGAUCAAGGCGAAAAUUAGCUCUUCCCUACAUCUUCACAUCUCAGUUGAGUUGAGAUCAUGA